CUGCGCUUCCAUGCAAUGCCUCGGCUUUGCUCAUCGUUUAGGACCCUGCUAGCUGCUGCUAGUAGCGAUGCGGUCUCUUCAUCUCGAACGUCUGGCCGAGGACUUGCGAAUGUUGACCGGUACUCUACUAUUCGGACAUUUUUCACCACUACGAAGGUUGUCGACUGGUCUCUUCCGAGGUAUGGUAUUCCGCGGCCAACACCAAUUUACAAGGCGACGAAAUGGAAUGGACUGCACGCUCCCGUUCGCAUAACCUUUCGAACGUACGCGUCGGGCAAGGGAGGGCACAGGGAAGAAACGCGGAGGCAGGUGGAGUCCUUGAAACGGGCCGAGGCCGAGCUACCCGAAGAAUCAAGGAAAACAGGCACGAACGCGGCUCAACCUGACCAUACAGAUACACCCGACGAAAAUUCGCAAUCAGCAUACACGAGUGCACAAUCACAGCAAGGGCACACGACCAACGGUGGCGAUACUCCCGAUGGACAGCAGCCGAAUACCCUACCCGAUCCCAGCUCCACCCGAUCUCAAGUACUACAAUCCUAUGCCAGCUUCUAUCGUCGCCUUGCGCUUUCUCUUCCUCACGUACACCGGCCCACACGCGACGACCUUUUACGAGCUGCGAGUAACUUUUGGCAACGACUUCGCAUCCGCUUCAAAUGGUUCACGAUUCGUUCGUUCCGACCCUUCAAUGCCGACGAUAUAUCUGGAUUUGUUACACUUCUGAUAAUGAGCCAAACGGUCUGGAUCUUAGUAGGGACCACCACAUUCUUUUCCGUAGUUUUUGCAACAGCCAACAGUCUGCGAUUGCAAGAGUACAUCGCGCGAGGGAUCAGCGACUAUCUGACAGCGGAAACUGGGAUCACCGUCGUCUUCGAGUCUGCAAUCGUCCCCAAGUGGAAAGAUUCGCGCCUUUCCUUUAGGAACGUAUACGUCUCUCGUCGUCCCAGCCCUAGCGCAGCACAAAUGCAGCCCUCGGCGGGAGCAUCCAAAAAAACUGGUCACUUGACUGCUGUCGGUUACGAUGUGAGCACGCACCCCGCGUACAAUAACUAUCACGAUCAGGAUGAGGAGGAUGUCCUACCCGACCUUCACGAGGAAGACACGAACUACACCAUGUUCGACCUCAACGUGGAUUCUAUCGACGUUGAACUUUCGCUUCCCCAUUGGCUCGACGGCAAGGGCCUGGUCAAGGAUGCCGUGGUCAAAGGCGUUCGCGGCGUAGUUGACCGACGUUCAGUUCACUGGGACCCAGAUCAUCCUCUCGAUCCUGCCGAUUACCGACAUGUCGCAAGGCCCGGUGACUUCGAGCUGGAGUCGCUGCAGUUGGAAGACGUGCUCGUCACCGUCCACCAGCCAGGAGGUUUCCGACCCUAUACUGUUUCCAUCUUCCGAGCAGACCUUCAUCAGUUGAGGAAGCAAUGGAUCUUCUAUGAUUUUCUGAGCGCGGACAAUAUUGUCGGGCAGUUCGAUAACUGCUUGUUCAGCCUCCAUAAGCCGCAGAGCAUGGGCCGGACGAAUGAGCGGGAUCUCAAGGAUAGCAAUUGGGCGCGGAUGUCUCGCUUCCGGAUCGACGGCGUGAACGUGGACCACCUCCAAGCUGCGACCACGCAGGAGGGUCCCAUCUCAUGGAUUACGUCCGGCAAGUUUGACGCCGUGGUCGACAUCAAGUUUCCGCGCGAGCACGCCGACGACGAGCUCCCGCUGAACGCGCUCAUCGUCGAGAUCGCGGACGCGAUCAGCACGGCAUCUCAGUCUCUCGAGCGCAUCCCGGGUCAGCGCGAACUCGCGAAGCCUCCGCUUACCGUUCCGGAAGAGGAGCAGCACAAGGAGGCGCUAGAGCAGAUGGAGCGAGGCGAAGGCGCGCCCAAGGUGGUGGUGGACAUCGAUUUACGGUUCCGGGAUCUGAAGGCGGCGGUACCUGUGUUCACGAACGAGUUGAGCUACGUGAGCAACGCGCUCGUACGACCCAUUGUGGCCUUCAUGAAUGCGAAUCGGACAUUGAUCCCAAUCCGAUGUCGAGUCAUCAAGGACCUCAGCGAGUUCGACGGGGCGUGGACAUUGUGGGAGACUGGGCUGACCAACGAGAUAUCCGUGAAGAUUUACGACGCGAUGGCGUAUCACGUCAGCCAGUCGAACCCCGUCUUUAACCGGCGAAUCAAGACGGUCGGAAUGUGGAGCCUGCAGAAGACCGUAAGCGCGGUGCUCUCGACCUUGCGCGCGAUCAUGGACCCAAUGGCCGUUCACCUGCAAGAGGCAUAUACCGCCGCGGCGGACGUGGGAGUGCCGCUGGACGCGGUCGUACCGCACACGUAGUGCGCGUGACGAGAUGGCUGGGCGAAGGGGCAUGGAUCAUGCACAUUGCAUGAUACGACCCGGAAAUGCGGCCGCUGUCCCGACUGCUUCGAUCUAUCCCUGUCGAUUCUGCAUGCCAUACCGCACGUCCGUGCAUGGAGGCCGCGUGGGAAUGAGUUGGUCACCCCCCCUGGACGCUUUCCCUCCUUGAGAAUGCGCCGAACGAGCGUUCAGGGACACGGGGCUAGCACAGCUUACUGCCAUUCAAUCUCGAGACUCGAGGAUCCUACUACUGCUACUCGUAGCUCGCGCAAUACACUUGGGCUGCGCCGCGCAUGGCAAUACUCGGCCCAUGCCUGCGGCCGUGGUCUUUGAUAAUACACAAACGCU